CAGGAAACUCUUAAGAAAGCGGAACUACAUAUAAGCUCAUUAGAUCUCAGUCGAGCUGAAAUGCGUGACGUACUUCCUCUUUGAAAGAAGCGAUGGCGUCUAGCGCAGAGGUUGUUGCUCCCAGCAAUGAGGAGGAAACCACAGAUACUCCAGCAGCUCAGAAGAGAGAAGAGAGACUCAGAAAGUUCAGAGAGCUUCAUUUCAAGAGGAAUGAGGCCCGUAAGCUGAAUCAUCAGGAGGUGGUGGAGGAGGACAAGAGACUAAAGCUGCCGUCAAACUGGGAGGCCAAGAAAGCCCGUCUGGAGUACGAGCUCAUUGUGGACCAGAAGAAGAAGGAAUGUGCAGAGCGUGGCGAAGACUACAACCGAGUAAAGCUCCUGGAGAUCAGCGCUGAAGAUGCAGAGAGAUGGGAGAGGAAGAAAAAGAAGAAAAACCCAGAUCCAGGAUUCUCAGGCUACGCUGAGGCCCAGCUGAGACAGUACCAGAGACUGACGAAGCAGAUCAAGCCGGAUAUGGAGAACUAUGAGAGACAGAGAGAGGAGUGUGGAGAAGAUUUCCACCCCACCUCCAACAGUCUGAUUCACGGCACUCACGUCCCGUCGAAAGAGAGCGUCGACCGCAUGGUGGACGACGUGGAGAAACAGAUUGAAAAGCGCUCGAAGUACAGUCGCCGCAGGGCCUACAACGACGAUGCUGACAUCGAUUAUAUCAACGAGAGAAAUGCUAAAUUCAACAAGAAGGCUGAACGUUUCUACGGCAAAUACACCGCGGAGAUCAAACAGAACCUGGAGAGAGGAACAGCCGUGUAACUAUGGAGACUGUUACUAUGGUUUCCACCCCUCCAUCUGCCAAGCAGCCAGAAAUCGUGCAGAUAUUUUUAAGAAAUGCUGUUUUGAGGUUCUUCUACUCUAUGGUGGUCUUGUGAAUUAUUAUUAUUAUUUUUUUUUUUUUUUUUUUUAACAAAUGUAAUCUUUUUUUCGUACAUCCAUAUUCUCUUAGUAAGUUUUACUUCUGGCAAAAAUAUUAACCUACCGUGUCAUUGGUUUGCUUUAGUGUAAAUUCAUUCCUUUCUGCAUCAGUUGACAUUUACUUCAAUAAAAAAAAAAAAAAAAAAAAAAAAACGAUGAAACCGUUCAAGGUCCUUUAUGAUGUAUAAGCGAGUUUAUGCCACAACAUUGGUGAAUUGUUGAUUAUGGUUGAUAAACAGAUGUGACUGGAAAGUGUUUUAUUGUUUUUCAACGCAAAUUU